CAGGACCCUCCAGGAAGCUCUGAUCCCUUUCUCUCUCUUGAGGGAUCAGCAUGGCAGACGAGAGCGAUGCGACUGGGGACCCUCAGCCGGCACCAGCCCCUAUCCGACGCCGCUCCUCUGCCAACUACCGAGCCUAUGCCACAGAGCCACACGCCAAGAAAAAGUCUAAGAUCUCCGCAUCGAGGAAACUUCAGCUGAAGACUCUGAUGCUGCAGAUUGCGAAGCAGGAGAUAGAGCGCGAGGCAGAGGAGCGACGUGGAGAGAAAGGGCGCGUUCUGAGCACUCGGUGCCAGCCUUUGGAGUUGGAUGGGCUGGGCUUUGAAGAGCUUCAGGACUUAUGCCGGCAGCUCCAUGCCCGGGUGGACAAAGUGGAUGAGGAGAGAUACGAUGUGGAAGCAAAAGUCACCAAGAACAUCACCGAGAUCGCAGAUCUGACCCAGAAGAUCUAUGACCUGCGUGGCAAGUUUAAGCGUCCCACCCUGCGAAGAGUAAGGAUCUCUGCAGAUGCCAUGAUGCAGGCUCUGCUGGGGACCCGGGCCAAGGAGUCCUUGGACCUGAGGGCCCACCUCAAGCAGGUGAAGAAGGAAGAUAUUGAAAAGGAAAACCGGGAGGUGGGAGACUGGCGUAAGAACAUCGACGCGCUAAGUGGAAUGGAGGGUCGCAAGAAAAAGUUUGAGGGCUGA